AUGGGGCAGGACACCAAUAUGCUGAACACCCACCCCGUGGUCAGGACCACAUUGGGGAGACCAGGGCAAGACACACGGCUCCAGGCUCCAGGGACGUCGGUAGGUCUGCUCAAGCUUCUGUCAAGCAUCCAGCAAACUGAGCAGGGCAGUCUCGGGAGCAGUGAUGGUGCAAUUCAGGGCCAGCAGCAGAGGUCUCGGAGUGCAGGGGAGACAGCAAAGAAGGACCGGAGGCUCAGGAGCCGGAACAAGAAAGGGCAAGGCUCCGCUGAGGCUGAGGAUCUCCUCCCCUCUCCGCCUCGGAAGCCCUCCUUCCCUUUCCAGUGGGCCUGGGAGAGUGCUACCAUGGAUGGCCGGGCUCCGCUUCAGCCUGGCUCCGCCUCGGCCCCUGGCCACCAGGCACUGCCUGUGCCUCCGGCGGUCCAGCAGCACAAGUCCAGGCCGAAGUCCAUGGCCAACCUUCCGGAGGCCCACGGCUUCUGCUGGAAGACAGAGGUGCCAAACCUGGAGAGGAGACAGUUCAGCGCCUGCAGCUGCAUCCCCAUCCCUCCUGGCAAAGGGAAGAGUCAAGAGCUGGAGCCGCCGGGGGAGUGUGGCCAGCAGCCGCCCGGGAAGAGGUCUGGCUCGGGAUUGGGGUCUGAGGAGGCCACUGAGCCAGAAGCCCCAGGUACCGAGGAGUCCGAGGAGAGGGAACCCAGAGCCCCCCACAGACAGAGGGCUGCUUCUCGAAGAAAGGGGCAGAAUUCCAGUGAGAUGGCCUCAGAUGAGAGUGAGCUGCGGUGCGAGGGGAGCAGCUCCAGCUCCAACAACCUGCAGGGGCCGCAGAGAAGGAAGUCAAGGGCCAAGGAACUGGAGAGGUCAUGGGACCUGGAGAAGCUGCAGAGGCAGUUACAGCAGGAGUUGGACUGUGGCACCGAGAAGCAGCCCUGGAAGGCUUUAGGGGCAGUCGUUCAGGCCUCUGGCCGCAGUAGGAAGGCCCAGGCCUUGAGAGGUGACGAGACUUUCCUGUUUGCCAACUUUCCUAACCGCACCUUCCACAAACGACAGGAGGCCACCAGAAGCCUGCUGUGGGCCUGGGAGCGGCAGCAGCAGGAGGAGCGGCAGCAGGCCGAGCUGCGGAGGGCCCGGGAGCAGCAGGUGCAGCAGCAGGUGGCUCGCUGCCUGGCAGUCUACGCACCCAGAGGGAGCCGGGGGCCGGGGGCUGCCCAGCGCAAGCUGGAGGAGCUGAGGCACCAGGAGCGACAGCGCUUUGCUGAGUACCAGGCAGAGCUGCAAGGCAUCCGCCACAGGGUGCAGGCCCGGCCCUACCUGUUCCAGCAGGCCAUGCAGGCCAAUGCCCGGCUUACUGUGACCCGGCGCUUCUCCCAGGUGCUGUCGGCACUGGGACUGGAUGAGAAGCAGCUGCUGGCUCAGGCAGGAAAGGGGGAAACUGAGUGUACCCCCAAGAAAUUAAGGGAGCCAUGGGUCAGUGGGGGCAAGAAUGGUGCACUCUUCUCAGAGCCCCCUAAAGACAGAACCCACCAGCAGCCAGCCGGACAGGCACUCCACCCCAAGCCCAGACCCAGAGCCCAGUCCCCGAGAUAAAAAUUAAAUGCUUUGUGGAAAA